AUGAUCCUCGGACAAGUCAUGGCCAGGGAUAUUGGAGGUAUCUCCAAAGUCAGCUGGCUUUCAUCCGGAGUUUCGAUCGUCAACAUGUCUUUCGGUCCUGCAUUCUCUCAGGCUGCCGACUACUGGGGUCGAAAAUGGUUUAUCGUGGCAUCCUGUUCCAUAGGCAUGGUAGGCGCAAUCAUCGUGUCUAGGGCCCAAUCGAUGAACAUAGCCAUUCUAGGGACGACUUUGGCAUCCAUGGUCCUGGCAGCUCAACCGCUUACUUUUACUGUUGCAUCCGAGAUUCUACCCAGACGUUAUCGUGUACUUGGACAGGCCUUCGUCAACCUCGGUCUAGCGUCUGGAGGAGUCCUAGCUCUGCUUGGAGGUAAUGCACUUGCCGAAGCUUUCGGUGAAGGAUGGCGAAUCAUCUGGUAUAUGGAGACUGGCUUUUUGGCCUUCGCAGCCACAGUGACCACGUUCAUGUACAACCCACCCCAAAGGCCGGAAGAGGUUUCUCUCACCACAAGAGCAAAGUUGGGGAUGCUGGACUGGACCGCAAUUAUCUCUCUAACGAUUGGAGUUGUCCUGUUUGUCAUGGGAUUAACCUGGGCUAACAAUCCUUACCCGUGGCGAGACGCUCACGUUCUCGGACCGUUUCUCAUCGGAUCAGCGAUUUUGAUCGCACUUGUUAUUCACCAGACCAAGCUCAAGAAAGAUGGCUUGUUCCACCAUGGAGCAUUCAAAAGCGACCGGAACUUAGCAAUCGCCCUCAUCUGUGUCGGGAUAGAAGGCUUGGUGUAUUUUGUUGCAAACGUCUACUACCCAAUGGAGGUAGCGAUCCUGUUCACAAGUGACGCAAACCAGAUCGCACUUCACUGGUCUGUUAGCCUAUUCUCGAUGUUCUUUGCACUAGCUGUGAUUGUCUGGUACAUUCCCACUAAACGGGACAUGCGGACCCCAUUGGUAAUAUCAUAUGUGUUCGUUGCAUUAUUCUUUGGACUAUUGUUGGCUGUUGAACCUGGGAAGACUGCCUUAAUGUGGGUGGCACCUAUUUUUGUUGGCUUGGGUACAGGUAUUGGAUACACAGUAUGCGUUGUUGUGGCACAUUUCGGCGCCCCUCAAGAAUUCUUGUCACUUGCCAGUGGUAUGAUCAUCUGCAUCAGAGCGUUCGGUGCUUCAAUUGGUGUUCCCAUCUUUGUGUCAAUGUUCAAUUCGCAAACCACCAAGUAUCUCCCACGGUAUAUCGCCAAUGCUGUCUUACCAUUAGGUCUGGCGCCCAAAGAUCUUCCUGCUUUCAUUCAAGCUUUGUUAAGCAGCGACAGCAAGAGUUUGAUGCAAAUUCCUGGAGUUAGUCCAGAUGUGAUCGCCGCUGGAGUCUCAGGCCUACAGCAGGGAUAUAUCAAGUCGUUUCAGGCUCCGCAUAUUACGGCAAUAAUACUGGCAGUUGUCGGUUUGAUAGCCAGUUGUUUUGUGAUCAACCCUAAGGCUGCAUUCAACAUGCAUGUCGACUCUCCGCUUGUAGAGAAUAAAGUGGCACCAACAAAAGAGGCUGCAGCAUCUGCUUGA